CAAACAGAUGGCACAUAUUUCCUGGUCCUGACUCCGCGGCCAUUUCCUUGUCAUCAUCCUAGACAGGGCUUGGUGGGCAAGCUUUCUUAAGGCAAUCUAUGGAUGACAUUUCUGGAGAAAAAACCUAUGUCAAGAUCAGAAAUGGAAGUCAGAGCUGUUACCUCUAAUGCCAGUUCCACUGCCUUUAAGUUGCAAUUGGUGUCCAACCCGGGCUAUCCCAAAGCUUUACUGAAGUCACUGUACAAGUCAUGGCAAGAGGGCGAGUUCUGCGACAUCACACUGCACGUUGGUGAUAAGAGUAUCCGGGCCCACAAGAAUGUAUUAGCAUCACUGCCCGAGUACUUCAAAGUCCUUCUUCACAUGGAUGUUCAGAACAGGUCUGAUGUAAAACUACAUGAUGUAGACUUCGGCAGUCUUGAACUUCUGCUCAAGUUUGCCUACACAGGUUCAGUGGAGGUCACUGGUGAAAAUGUACAGAACCUGUUUAUUGUUGCUGACUAUCUCCAGGUUGAGUUUGUGAGGAGGUCAUGUGAAAGACUAUUGCUUAAAAGUGUUGACAAAAAUAACUGUGUAUCGAUGCUAUUAUUUGCUCUAAAAUUUUAUUUAGAAAAUAUCAAAAACAGAUGUUUGGAUUUGAUUGGGCGGAAUCUGGAAGAACUUAGCCAAUCAGAAGAGUUUUUGUCCAUUCCCUACGACUGUGUUCUUGACUUGAUCAGUAAUGAUACUUUGAUUGUGUUUCGAGGUGGUUACCCUCUCCCAAAUGGCCUUAAUGAAUUGGCAAUACUCAAAACUGCAAUUUGUUAUAUUAUGGGCCAGAAUGAGAAAAGCAAAAUUAAUGGAGAACAAACCUAUUCCCUAAUUGUUGCUGCUCGUUUGAUCUACAUUGACUACUGUGAGUGGGAAAAAACGGUCGAAAGUCACUCUGAUAUCCUGUUGGCGGAAAACUUAAGUACAGUGAGGCAAUACCUCCUAGAUCAUAAAGAUGUGAAUAAUAAAACAUUUUUGAUGUCUUUACAAAACAGUAGAUCACCACCUUUCUGCUGGGAUGUUCGGCAAGAUGAAGAAAACAUAAAGAUUGUUCCUGAUAGAAAGAAAUACAGUUUCAAAUCUGAAUGCAGUACCCAUGCUCUUGGAUACUUUCGAUGAUGGAACUGUUGAGACAUCCGACAAACGAUCACAGAUUUCCAAGAUAGUCAUUGUCACACGAUACAAUGAGAGUCAGAAGGAGAACGUCAUUGUAGGAUUACAUGUGUUUGAUGGCUACUGGCAUCACCAUGGCUUAGAAAAAAACUCAUCUGAUGUGGCCGGUGUUUACGAGGUAGAACUAGAAAAAGGAGAAGUGAUCGUCCAAGUAAAACUAAGGAGUCAGUCUAUGAUGAUACAUUGUUUAACAUUCAUCACCAAUCAGGGGAGAAGCCUUGGACAUUUUGGAGGAAUUCUCCCGCCAAAUGUUACGCUAGUACCACCUCCUAAUUUCAGUGGGUAUUUACACAGUUUUUCAGGGAGGGAGACAGAAUAUUGGAGUAAUAAAGCUAUUGUCUGUUUCAAUGUUAACUGGGCGUGUCACAGGAACAUUGACGAUCCUGACUGCAUAGGAAAUUGGGAUAUGGUCUGGCAGGAAUUAGAUA